AUGGAUAAGGAUAAAAUACUGAGCGAAUGGAAGAGAUAUAGGGCCCAAGGCCAUCCACAUGACGUGUGGACUGAUUACCGGACAUGGCUGUGGGACGAGAUAAACCCGAUAUUACAAAAGUUUAUUGAAUAUGUCGAGAACCAGGACAACUGGGAAGACUACGGUAGCAACUGCAAUAACCAUUUUUAUUACCAUAGUGGAACAGGGUAUGCGCACCUCGUUAGGUGGCCAGGUACCAAGGUUAUGUGCAAGAUUAUGUCAACAGCAUUAUUCUUCCUAACCGACACCCAUGGGUUACAGGAAUUUAUGCAAGGGGAACAUGAGGCAGUAAAAAAGUUAAAAGAAUUUAUAGGGUGCACAAUUGUAAAUGUGUUUAUGCAUAUACUGGAGCACACAGUAUGUGAGGGACACUGGGGGCUACAGUACGCCUGGUACGUCAUGAGGGAGAAGAUGCAAGGAAUACCGCCAAACAUUAUAACAGAGAAGAAAUGUGUCCAAGGCUUAGUACAAGAUACGCACCUGGGGCAAUGGAGUAUGAAGGCAAAAAUUAAGGACUGGAUACAGCAGAACACGCAGUUAAGUGCUUGGGUGCAGGAUACAGCAAUUAAAAGGAUGUGCUCAACUGCACAAGAAAAAAGUAAAGAGGCGGGGAGAAAAGGGACGGAAGAAGGUACAUGGCGCGUGGGGGCGGACAAUACAGAUAAUUAUGGAGAACAGGAAGUAAGGGAAAAACUGGAGACAGGAAUAAAACACGUCAUAGGAAGCGGCAUGCACGACAUAAUGCAAAAGAUGGGUGCACAGUUGGACGCAGGAAGCAAGCCAACGAAGACUGGACAACCGGGUACAGGAGCAGGGACGUCAGGAUCCGGGACAAACGCAGCUGGAGGAACCCAUGCGCCAACCACGAAACCAGGAGCAGCACAACAGGACAGCAAUAAGGACACAAGAAGUGCUGACGACAACACGCAUGAAAACAAGAGCAAGGACACGGACACGCCGGGUGGACCCCCCGCCGCUGCCGCAGCGCAGCCGGCGGCGGCGACGCCGGCAACCACACACCCGGUAACAGCGGGAGCAGGAGACCAGAAAGGGGCGAGGCCCUCGGCACCAUCAGCAGAAGGCACAUCAGCGACAGGGGACGAUGGAACACAGAACAAGACGCUGAGGGAUAUCCCCCAGGACAGUUCAGCUGAAUGUAAAGGUAAGGAUGGUGCAAAUGGUCCAGGCUCGUCAGGAUCCCCAUCUGCACCUGCAGAGGCAGCACCGAAAGCAUCAGACCCAGCAGCAUCGGACCCAACAUCACCAUCAACAGGACCAGAAACAAAAUCAACAGGAACAGGAGGGUACGGUAACACGAGUGCCAAGAACGAUGACGACUCCGGGGACGCCGUCGUCGCUGGCGGCAACGAUGACCCCCCUCCUCUCAAUCCACCCAAACCAAAACCGAACCCGAACCCAAAUCAAUCGGGCAGUAGUGGCGGCUUCAGUGACUCAGGUAGUUCCGCAGGAGGUGGUGGAGCACCUGGCAGUGGCGGCGGUGGGGGAGGAAGUGAAAGUGCUCAGAAAGAUGCUUCCUCGAACUCAAAUUCAGGUUCCAGCAGUAGCGCCUCUGUCCUAUUAAUAGAUGUUCCUCGAUAUGCAGACGGUACGGGAGGACACUUCGGAACAGGACCAACACCCGAUCCACAUGAUACAAGUUCCAGUACACCUAAGGAAGGCGGCCCUCUUGCCCCCGACCUAACCGACACGGUGCUUACCGCCACUACUCCCGUACUCUUCUUCCUGUCCGCCGUCACCGUCGCCCUUCUUGGUUAUUCCCUUUGGACGUACUUUGCGCACCUCGGAAAACAACGACGACGAACAUAUCGAACCGUUCGUGACGUGCCGUCACCGCCACUCGACGCAGAAAUAUUGGCGCAUCUACAACGCGGCGAACUGCCGCCACCCGAUUACGGGUACACGAUGAUUCGGGAUAGGCAACCCGGCAGAUUGCCCGCCCGACGACGACGUCAUCCACGCGUGCAUAAGCGCACGAUUAUCGAACUACAUCUAGAAGUGCUACACGAAUGUGAAGCGACCGAGUGGGAAAACGUCAAAGACGACUAUUGGCAGAUACUUGUGGAGCAGUUUGCACAGGAGUUGAUGCGGGAUGCAAACGAGUAUAGUAGUUCCCCGGCUUCUUCGUCGAAUCACGAUUCACCAGGUACCAAUGUUUCCUCCAUGCUCGAUCCACCCACUGACAGCAACCGCAUACAUCCAUGUCCACCACAUGACCCCGAUCCAUGCAGUUGUGUGGACACCAUGCACUUAGCCACGGACCCUUGUACACCGAAUGAAGAGGACCCCGAUCCAUGGAGUUGUAUGGAAACCAUACAGUUAGCAAUGGACACUUCUCCACCGAAUGACCCAGAUCCAUGGGGUUGCAUGGAAACCAUACAGUUAGAAACGGACCCUUCUGCUUCUAACGAAGAGGACCGAUGGAAUUGUAUGGAAAACAUACAGUUAGCACCGGACCCUUGUCCACCUAACGAAGAGGACCCCGAUCCAUGGAGUUGUAUGGAAACUAUACAGUUACCAACGGACCGUUCUCCACCUAACGCAGAGCACCGAUGGAAGUGUAUGGAAAAUAUCGACUUAGAUGCACAACAGCAUGCUCAUUCCAACCCCGCGCACGCGACGUCGUACUGUAUCCAUUGGAUUAACUGGAUUGAUCGCCACAAAUACCUAUUGCAGGACUGCACGACGCAGCCGUGGUUUCUGCAAUUGAAAUCGGAAUGGAAACAAUACCUGCGCGAGCACAUGGUGGCAAACGGAGCAUCCGGUGAGCACACGACGGCCGCAACCAUGGAAACGCAGAAAUUGGACCUGUGGAAAGAAUGGGUCGCACAUCAACAUGCGCUUAUGCAUAUAUAUGGUGAGGAGCCGUGGUUCCAACAUUUGUUGAAUAAUGUAGAGGAGGAGACAGUACCGGAAAAAGGCGCUACAGCUGUAGUCGACAAAGACUUAGAAGUGGAAAAAGUAAUGGGCACAGAGGAUGUGCUACAAGUCAGAGAUGCACCAUGCACGCAACUGCAUCAGCCCCCUCACAUGAAAAAAGUGUUAACCGCCCUCAAAUUGUGGAUGCUCCUUCUCGCGUCCGUUAUAGAACAGUGCGAGCGCGAAUGUCGUUUGCAAGAGAAGGAGUUAUAUGUAGAUGACCUAUUGGAGAAGCUCUGA